AUGGACUUAACGAUGGCUGUGAGAGUGUUGUCGCGGUGUGCGAGGCGGACUUUCCUGGAGUUUGCAUCCCGCAGCAAAAGCGCCCCCACCAGAGGGACCGGUCGCCACUACUGGACGGCUUUCCGGCGGACUGUCAGUGGCCUGAGUAGUGGCCGGGCUGCGUUUGUCCUGGGCGUCCCUGCUGUGUCCUGUCUGGGCUACGAGGCUCUCCGCAGGGCGCAGAGCUCCGCCGUGGUCAGUGCGCUGGACAGAGAGGAGAUUUUGGAGCAGGCCGACUACCUGUACAGCUGCGCGGACACACAGAAGCUCUACCAGCUGCUGGCCCAGCACAAAGACAGCGAGGACGCGCAGUUCCUGUGGCGGCUGGCCCGGGCCUCGCGGGACCUGGCGCUGCUGCCCGACACAGAGGCCGAGCAGAAGAAGCGGCUGACGUUUGAGGCCUUCCAGUUCGCCCAGAGGGCCCUGGAGAAGGACGACUCCUGUUUCGCCGCGCACAAAUGGUACGCCGUGUGCCUCAGCGAUAUCGGGGAUUAUGAGGGGGUCAAGGUUAAAAUCGGAAAUUCAUACAUCAUCAGGGAGCAUCUGGAGAAAGCCAUACAGCUCAACCCCAAAGACGCCACAUCCUUACACAUUCUAGGCUACUGGUGCUUUGCUUUUGCCGAGUUGCCGUGGUACCAGCGCAAAGUGGCGGCCGUCGUUUUCUCCUCGCCGCCCACGUCCACGUUCCAGGAGGCUUUGGAAUUCUUUUUGAAAGCAGAGGAAGUCGACCCAAACUUCUACAGUAAAAACCUCCUCAUGCUGGGGAAGACGUACCUGGCCCUGAAGGAGCAGCAGAAAGCCCAGAUGUGGCUCACCAAAGCCAGGGACUACCCCGCCCACACCGCGGAGGACAGGGAGGUCCACAAGGAGGCCGUGGAGCUGCUGAAGAAGCUCGGCUGA